UAGACACCGGCUGGAAUGCGGACCCGCCCGCUGUACAAUGCAUCAAUAUUUGCGCAUAAAGGCGUAGAAUUAUAGUCUCAUUUAUCAGAUGUGAUCAGGCAAUAUUAAAUAUCGCUAACUGUUUUAAUAGAAACAUCGAUUACAUUUUAUAGUGUAGUUUUUCUAGGUAGCUCAUAUUUUGCAGACGGCCCCUUAGCUUCAGUUUCACUAACCAAUUCAACCAAACCAUCCCAGCAUACCUCGCGUGUGCAACGGCUUCUGCCUUUAUGCUCAUUUAAAUAUUUUGAAGGCCUGUUCUGGAUUAACAGGUCAAGAGUCUGGACCACAUUGGAUUCUCCUACCAUUACCGUGCAAAGCACCUUAUAUAGUCAAACAAAACACGGCGUGUGAUAGAAGCUACCUGCUGAAGCUAGCUAACGUUGGCUAGCAAGUGAGUUCGGGACUAAACGGGGAGGCAGCUAGCUACGGAUCUGAACAAGACUUCGUAAUCAGAUGGAACUGGAGUCGGGAAGAACCGAACUUGGAGCUAUGGGAGAUUCGCUUCAACCUCAAACCCCAAGUCGACACGAGAAGAGUCUAGGAUUGCUUACAACAAAAUUUGUAACUUUGCUACAAGAGGCCAAGGAUGGAGUUCUAGAUCUGAAAGCAGCAGCAGACACCUUAGCUGUAAGACAGAAGCGCCGCAUCUACGACAUUACGAAUGUGCUCGAAGGCAUCGGAUUGAUCGAGAAGAAGUCCAAGAACAGUAUUCAGUGGAAGGGUGUUGGUCCUGGCUGUAACACACGGGAGAUAGCCGAUAAGCUCAUUGAUCUGAAGGCAGAGCUGGAUGAUCUGGACAAGAGGGAACACGAGUUGGAUCAGCAGAGGGUCUGGGUCCAGCAGAGCAUCAAGAACGUUACAGACGACUCACAGAAUAGCCCUAUGGCUUAUGUAAAACACGAAGACCUAUGCAGUGCAUUCAAAGGUGACACCCUCUUAGCAAUCCGUGCUCCCACAGGCACACAGUUGGAGGUGCCCAUACCGGAGUCUGUAAUGAAUGGACAGAAGAAGUAUCAGAUCCGUCUCAAGAGCUCAGCAGGACCCAUUGAGGUUCUUCUAGUAAACAAGGACCCGUCCAGCCCGUCUCCAGUGGUAUUGCCCGUCCCCCCACCAGAGGACAUGCUCCAGAGCCUGACAGUGCCUGCUGCUGCAAACCCAAAACCAGCACCUGCUGCCUCCUCCCAGCCCAACCAGCCUCUGACCCCCUCCUCCAACCCCAGUUCUGCCACACUCUCACCUGCUUCCACAGCUACUACCAACCAGGCAGUCACCACCGCAGUGUCUAGCAAAAACGUCAGCACACUGACUGUUUCCACACCCACUACAAACACAACUGCCCAACCGACAACUCUGUUGGACACCCAGCUUCUCCAGUCCUCUGCCUCAUUGGAUGGCUUCUCUUCCUCAUCUUCAGCAAUCUUUGGACCAAUCAAGACUGACCCCUCAGAACUGCUGGAUUUCCCCAAAGAACUUUCUGAUAUGUUUGACCCAAGUAAAGAGAUCAUGAGUGCAGACCUGUUGGAGGAGUUGAUGUCUUCAGAAGUGUUCUCUCCACUCCUCCGUCUGUCUCCCCCGCCGGGUGACCACGACUAUAUCUAUAACCUUGACGAAACCGAAGGCCUUUGUGACCUCUUUGAUGUUCCUAUCCUUAAUCUUUGACCUCUGAGCUGAGUUCCCAAUAGUGUAUUAUGUAAGGAAAUCUAAGAACAAAACAUGUUGACCAUUUUUAUAUGGGAAAAAAACAAAUGAGUGAUUUUAUUUUUGGAUCCCUAUGUAUUAGAAGAUUUUUCUGUGUAAAAAAAACAACAAAAAAAAAACAAGUGUUAGUCUGAUGCUCUUCUUUCUCUUACCCAAAUCGUUCCACUUAACAUUGGCAGCAAAUGUUUCAGGGUGUAGUGGCUCUAGGUUAGAUGAAAAGGGGGGAUAAAGAAAUAUUGUCCUCUCCAAACUGAACUGAUGAUCUCUCUGGUGAAAUUCCUUUCUCAUGCUGGUCUGUGAUGAGCUAUAUUCCCUCCUUCCAUCUAUGUUUUGAAGUAGGUUACAAACUGGCAAAAGCAGUCAUCAUCGCGUUCUGAUCCUCAUCAACACAGUGUCAACGGAUUCAGAGACACCCAGGCAGCUGAACACACUCGUACAGUACGUGUGAAUGUGUACACACACAGCUGAUCAAAUAUGCACUGUUCUGUGUAUAUAGAGAAUAUAUAUAUUUUGUAUUACCAGCAUUUGUGGAGUUAAAUGUGUAAUGAACUACAUGUGUGAGACCGCAAUAGUGAACCAGGGUUCCAGACGAAGACAGGAUAAGCGAAGGUUUUGAGGGGUUUUAGGUGUAAUGCACAUUGAAUUAACUGCAACACAUCUAUCAUUCAUCUUGGUCCCCUUGCCUUUGUCGUUGUUGUUUUUCUUACCCGUUUCACUCACUUUACAACAUUAUCUGCGGCACUCUUGGUUUGUCUUACAAUUAUUAUGUAUAUAAAUAUUUUAUUUAGUCUAUGUAAAAUAAUGUUUGUAGCUGUUAAAAAAGUACAUGAAAAACAAUCAUUAAUUCCUAUAAAGUAUGGUAGCGUUUUGAGUGUUGUCUAUUGUCUUUGUAUAUGUUGCUCUGAUCCGUGUUCAAUAGAAUUGGUCCCCCACAUACUUUCACAGUGACUAUGGAAAUGUAGUGUGAGAGAAUAGUUGUUCUUAAUUUCAUUCUGUUCAUUUUUGUUUUAUUUCCUUCCCUAAAGCAUUUAUUUUGUAUACCUGUCAGAUAUAUUACCGAUUUGGGUGUAUAAAAUAUAUUCUCAAAAUACGA